UGCCCACCCAUUCAUAGAGUCGGGAGGCCGCGCGUGCGCGGAAGGAGCCGCUGCCCUCCCAUUCAUAAAAUAGCCAUUUUCCCAGGCAGCGGCGGCCGCAGCACCGCGGCGGCCGCUGACAGCGCCGCGCUCGCAGGUCCCUUCCCGCAGCUCCCGCCAGGGCAUCCCCGGGGCCGGCCCCCCUCGCCCGCCUCCGAUUUAGGAUUAACUCGCCUAUGGAGAGAUGGUCUUAGCUGAAUUAUUGAAAGAUACUUAAGAGCUGAUUUUUUCACCAGUAAUCAGGCUGCUUUAUCAAUGGAGGCCCGGGUUCCCCACAACAUCACCGUUGUCCCCAACUCCGUGAUGGUCCAGCCCUUGCUGGACAGUCGGAUCCCCUAUGGGCGGCUGCAGCACCCACUCACCAUCCUGCCGAUCGACCAAAUGAAGACAACUCACAUAGAGAACGAUUACACCGACAACCCCACCGCUUCCCAGCUGGCAGCCCAAAAGCGUCCCCGAGGCCCCCAUGAACUGGUCUUGACCAACCAGCACCUGCAGCGCUGUGAGCAGGAUGUCACCCACCCCUGGAUUUCGUUCAGCGGGCGCCCCAGCUCCAUCAGCAGCAGCAGCAGCACAUCUUCAGACCAAAGGCUCUUGGACCACAUGGCCCCGGCACCCAUGGCAGAGCAGUCCUCCCCCAGAGCGGUUCGCAUUCAGCCCAAGGUGAUUAACUGCAAACCCCUGGACCUGAAGGGACCUGUGUCUCAGGAACUGGACAAGCACUUUCUACUGUGCGAAGCCUGCGGGAAAUGCAAGUGCAAGGAGUGUGCGCUCCCCCGGACUCUGCCGUCGUGCUGGGUGUGCAACCAAGAGUGCCUCUGCUCGGCACAGAACCUGGUCAACUACUCCACCUGCAUGUGUCUCGUCAAGGGCGUCUUCUACCACUGCACCAACGAGGAUGACGAGGGCACGUGCGCCGACCACCCCUGCUCCUGCUCCCACUCAAACUGCUGCGCCCGCUGGUCCUUCAUGAGCGCUCUCUCCCUGGUGCUCCCUUGCUUGCUCUGCUACCUGCCAGCCACCGGCUGCGUCAAGCUGUCCCAGAGAUGCUACGACCAAGUGAGCCGGCCCGGAUGCAGAUGCAAAAACACAAACAGUGUCAUUUGCAAGGCGUUGCCGGAGAGCAAAGGAAGCAGGCCAGAAAAGCCCUUUUGAUAGUUUGGGAGGGCAGGGAGUGGGAGGACGCUUCGUGGAGGGGGGUGGCGUUGGCUCUUUUUAAUAACCUGUGUUCGGAGGAUGACGUUGGGCUUCUGCCUUCAGAGAAAGCAGAAGCAACUACUUCCACAAACUGAAGCACUUUGGGUUAUUCAGGGUUUCGGAACUGGUCAGAAUUUAAAUAGAUGGGGCCAAAGGAGGAAUCUUAAUAAUGUAGAGUGAAGGCUGAAAAACCUAUGUAUAUCAUGAAGUACAGCUGCUUAAAUACUCCUGGUUCGGACGGACAGACGGCUGCUCACCAUGCCUGCAUACCACAAGAACCAUUAACUGCUCGCUUGGCAGGCACGGCCGCACAAGCAAUACCCACUCCCGGCUGCAGAAAGCUGCAUCGGAUUCAUCGUAUUCAGGGUGGGCUUCUUGUUUUCGCUUUCCUUCCAAACUCUGAUUUGCUACCAGCAGCCUGUUGAAGGUGAUGGGUUAACUCCCUCCUUCCCCACCUGCACACCGUUAGAAGGGCCAGUUGCACACAAAGUACGUGUUUCUCAAAAGAUUUCUGUGUCCCUCAAAGAUUUUGAGCCAGAAGUAAAGAUACAGGUCAUGAGUACAAGGGUCUCUUCACAUUUAGGCACGUUGCUUUCUUUGAACCCACCCAGCCACGUUGAUUCGGACCCUCUUUUUAAAAGCAAGACGGUAGCAGGGUCGCUCCCUCCCCGGGAAGAAUAGCGGCAGGAUGUGUUCGGGCAGUUGUAUAAACAUCAUGUCGUCCUGCCUGUGAGCUGAUCUGUAGCAUCAGGUUUCAUUCAGUGAAUAUUAAUUUCACAUCAGCAGUACAAACCUGCUCCAGAAGGCUGUUGGCCGAGUCCCGCUUCCCCCAGCGCGCGCGCUCGCUCCCCCGGUGCUGGAGCAAAGGGGAUCUUAACUCACGCCACAAAGUUAAGACGCUAGUGUUUGUUUCUCUAAACCUCCUAAGCUCUGGUAAGAAGUCACAAAAAACCUAAGUGUAUGAUACACGUAGGUGUAUUUUUAUAGGGAUACCAAUCCAGUAACUCCUCUCCUGGAACAAGCUCUUCUUUGCUCAUUAAAUAUUAAGAUUUUAAUUUUUUUUGUCUUGGGGAUGAAUGGCAUUUGCCUGAAGUACAGCCCAUUCCCCCAUCUCUAUUGCUGCUGUUCCUCUUUUGCCUCCUCUGUACAAAAGUGUGUCUUUUUAAGCGUAAAGAAUGCUUUUAGUGUUUAUUUUAGUGAUAACAAAUGCUAGGAAAAGCCAGGGGAGGGAAGAGAGCGUAUUUAAGAAGUUCGCCCGUGCUUUUCAGUAAGUGACUAUCAUCGGCUUUGUCCGUGCACUCAUCCUAGGGCCGGCUCUGCAUUCCCUCGGGAUGCAGUAACCCCUUUCUCUUGACAAUUACAAGGUGCUAAAUAAAAGUCUUCGUCCACACAUGCAACACUGUAAUAAGUAGGUAGGUACUUGUUGCAUGCAGAAAACUGAUCUAGCCUCUCUUUUCUUUUUUUUUUUUUUUUUUAAUUAGAGGAAAUUUCCUCAGUAAAUGCACAGCAGCGACAGUGAAAUGUCAUCUCUAAUUAGAUAAGCAAUAGGCAGAGCUCAUGUAGCAUUUCCAGGAAUCCCAUUUGCUUGGUCGCAAUAGAGUUGCUGCGCAGGGGUUGGCGGGAGCAGACUGAUGGGGGUUCUGGUGUCUUCUGUUUAAAGAAUUCAUUUAACCUGGAUGACUUUGGGUUUAGUUAAGCUUAAUUGUAGAUAUUUAUUGAAUGGGGAAUUUAAAAAAGAAAACAAAAACUUUCUAUAUUUAUAACAUUUGCUAGCUUGUAUAUGAUAAAUCAUAGGAAAAGGGAUACUACAUCUGUCACCAGAUACCAUUUCCUAUAGUUUAUCCUCAUGCUGACCAUAUGGGGACACCAGAAAGAAGGGAGCAGGUGGGGAUCGAGAGCUGUACGUAUAUUAUCUUGCACAAAUGAGAGGGGAGAGGGUAAAUGGAAAACCAAACCCAGACUAGCUGUUGGUUGAAUGUAUAAGGUAUUGUAUUUAAUAAGAUAAAUCAUUUUUCUAAGAUACAAGCAGGCUAGAAAAUGCAGCAGAAGAGGUAUUUACCUGCUGCCCUCCUCUGUUGGGACCAUACAUAUUCAAAUGGCCUCCUCCUAUGGUAGUUUUGCCUUUUUGACCCUCUGUCUUUGGCUGUUCCUGGGGGAUUUUUGCUGAAAAUCUGCCUGUGGUUUAGAUGCAUGGUCCUUGCAAGCCAACACAACGCUGGAGCGGUCGCCACUGUGCCAAUCUACACUCAUGUAUAUACACCCGGCAAUCCCAUAUGGAUUUCCUUUCAUUGUACAUAGUUGUAAACUAUUUCUCUGUUGGUUUCUUUUAAUAUAUAAAUCCUGCUAUGGUGUUAAGCCGCUCCCACGCUGGAAGAGUGUAAAGCGUUAGUGGAUGUGUUAGAGCAGUGGUAAAUGUAGCAGGGCGACCCUCCCUCUCCUCGGCCCCCCGGCACGGCGGCGGUCGGACCCUGCUCCCUCAGCUCCUGGCCCAAGGCAUGGCAAGAAAGCGCUGAGCUCUUUGCAGAGCGCUCGGGAAGGCUCGGGGUCAGCCGAAGCGGGGGCUCUGCCGGCCGCGGGGCUGGCGGAGGGUACGUCUCCGGUCAGUAAUGUCUUUAUUCCCCUCUCUUCCUCCAUCCCAAUGCCCCCAUUUCCCCCCCAUCCCCUUUUAAGGUACUUGGGUCUCCUCCCAACCCUGAGACGUACCACGGGCACGGUGCCGUGUGGGCUCAGCCCCCGUGAGGACACGGAGGCGGCAGCUCUGGGCUGCAGGUCGGGUUCCCCCUUGCAAACUGGUCAGCACAAGCCUCGGGUGCCACGUUUGCUCUCCGGCCACGUCAGGGCGGUGGGACCGCGAAGGCGAGAUGGGAGGCGAGGGCAGGCUCCCCCGGGACCGAUGCUGUGCCACCGCAGAGCGGCUCCGGAGGAGGAGGAGGAUGGCAGGGCGCUUAGGCUUUACUGCCCUGACCUGCUCAUUGCUUUGGGAGGUUCAUUGCCGGGCUUUGUCCUCUGCCCGAGCACAGAGGCAAAGGCCCAGAGAGCAAGAAGGGGGGACUUUACGGCCGCGCCAUGUCCCCGGCUGGAGCUCACCGUCACCAGAGCGGCUUCAACAAACAAACCGCCACCGCACCCUCUGUCCCAGUGCCCGCCGGGUACAAGGAGCAGCUACUAAAUUCACACCUUUGCUCCCUGGGCACCGGCUUUCCCACCUGGACGAGCCCUCACCCUUUCACAGCACUGGGUAUUCCCCCUCCCCUCCCACACUUGGACACGCUGAUAAAGGUUUCCCCCUUCUCCUCUUGCCACCCUACCACAUAUACACCCUGAAAAGUUACCACAGAAGGUUUUCUUUGUAUAGAAUAUUUAUUUUGAAGCUCUAUUUUAAUAGUAUUUAUUUUAGAAAGUCUACUAUUGUAAGAGUUCUUCUGUUUGUGAAGAGAAGCAAGUACUGAUGAAUGUACUGAUCUAGAAAUUAUAUAUAUAUAAAAAUAUAUAUUGUUAAAUAUAUAAA